GUCGUCCCUUUUCAUCUCCCUUACCUCCAUUUAUUAUCCCUCCCUUCAGAGUUCACAUUGAACUGUGCAGAGAAAUGGGGAGCAUUGGCAACAGAGGCAGGCCAGUGGCAGCCCACCAGACCCCUGUCUGCACUCGUACCCACCAGAUUGGAUCCCUCCUCCUAGUCUUCGCCACCUUCUUCCUCACCCGCCUCCUCGACCGCUCCUUUCCUCCCUGCCCGAACUUCUCCUCCGAUCGCUUCCCGACGACGUCCCAGAACCACGUCGGCUUCUCCGGCCACGGCGGGUCCCUCUCCUGGCCAGACAGAGGCUACGGGUCCCGCAUCUCCCUCAAGAUCUACGUCUACGAGGAGGACGAGAUCGAUGGACUGAAGUCACUCAUGUAUGGAAGAGACGGUACUAUCACCGCCCAGGCUUGCUUGAAGGGCCAGUGGGGCACUCAGGUUAAAGUACAUAAGCUGCUUCUGAAGUCGAGUUAUAGGACAAGAAAGAAAGAGGAAGCGGAUCUGUUCUUUGUGCCGGCGUACGCUAAAUGUGUUCGGAUGAUGGGUGGUCUUAAUGAUAAAGAGAUUGACCAGACCUAUGUUAAGGUCAUUAGUCAAAUGCCAUAUUUCAGGCGAUCUGGAGGCCGUGACCACAUUUUUAUUUUCCCAAGUGGUGCUGGAGCUCACUUGUUUAAAUCUUGGGCUACCUACAUAAAUCGUUCCAUUAUUCUCACCCCUGAGGGGGACCGGACUGAUAAGAAAGACACAAGUUCUUUCAAUACGUGGAAAGAUCUCAUAAUUCCUGGAAACGUUGAUGAUAGGAUGACUAAGACCGGGGAUACCCUUGUCCAACCUUUGCCUCUAUCGAAGCGGAAGUAUUUGGCAAACUAUUUAGGUCGUGCACAAGGAAAGGUUGGCCGCCUUCAGUUAAUUGAGCUUGCCAAGCACUUCCCAGACAAGUUGGAAUCUCCAGAGCUGAAGUUCAGUGGCCCUGACAAAUUGGGAAGGAUUGAGUAUUUUGAACACCUUCGUAAUGCAAAGUUCUGCCUUGCUCCUCGUGGGGAGUCUUCAUGGUCUCUUCGAUAUUAUGAGUCUUACUUUGUGGAGUGUGUCCCAGUGAUCUUAUCCGAUCAAAUAGAAUUGCCUUUUCAGAACGUUAUUGACUACAGCCGGAUAUCAAUCAAAUGGCCAUCCACUCAAAUUGGUCCCCAACUUUUGGACUACCUAGACUCUAUACCAGAUGAAGACAUAGAGAGGAUGAUUGCCCGUGGCAGACAAAUGAGGUGCAUGUGGGUUUAUGCUCCUGAAUCAGAGUCAUGUUCAGCAAUGCAUGGGAUUUUGUGGGAACUUCAGAGGAAAGUUCGGCAAUUUCAUCAGUCGGCUGAGACAUUCUGGCUGCACAAUGGAUCUAUAGUAAACAGAAACUUGGUUGAAUUCUCUAAAUGGAAACCUCCCAUCCCUUUGCCUUGAUCAUGGCUGGAGAUGAUCCCUUUGUUUGCCAGUAAUUUUUUUUUUUUUUAAACCAUACCUCAAUUUUAUUUGCUGUUUACUCUCAAGUCACCAUGACUUUCUCAGCCUAGAAGAAUUUCUCCAGAACCAAACCCCCCCCCCCCCCCCUCUCUCUUUCUCUCUCCUUUUCUUUUCUCUAGUCAGUUUAUGUAUAGACCCAUGGAUGUGUUAUCUACACUUUCAAGAAAAGAAAUUGUUAAUGUUAA